ACAAAAUAGCAAGAAGGUGGAACUGACUCGAUGGAUGGAUGGUAAUGGUGGAGGAGGAGGCGGUUUCAUUAAUUAUUGUUGUGGGUUGGUCACACCAAAGCCAACUAGAUUCAGAAAAACAUUUUCACAGAGAGAGAGAGUUGUUUUUUUUGGGUAGAGAGAGAGAGUGUGUUUAGAUAGACAGAGAGAGAAAAAAAGACUUGAGGGUUUCAAGGGAGGAGACAUGUCCAAUUUCACUCCAACAGUCCUGUUUCUUGCUCCUUCUCACCUUACCAGAUCCCAAAGGUCCAUUUAACAGGCUGCUUAUUUCGGGAGGUGCAUUGACUUGCAAUAAGUUGGAAACUAUUGAGAGACCUCUUUGCAUUGUUCUUGUGCAUUUGGAAUUAGAAUUUGGUGUCUUAUUGCUGUUUGUUAAUCUAAAAGCUUGGCAAGAAAGUUGCCUCUUUGUUGUGAAGCAUGGUGGGAUUUAGAAUCACAGUGCAGGGUGCUUCAAUAAAAUAGAUGGCUACAUGAGCUCACAAUUUUUCCAAGAAUUUUUUUGAUCGAAGUCCUAUUUGUUCAAUGUCCCACUUUGCUGUUAAUCACUCAACAUGGUGGAAUUCACAUGAAGAUAAACAGAAAUUUUCUCUGUCCUUAUCCAAGAAUUUAAGCUUGAAGGUGGAAUCUCUGCCCCAUAUCUGUCAGGAGGCAAAGCAUUUAGGUAUUCAAGAGCAAGACCGGGACUCGUCCUCAACUCGAUCAACUGGUCCAUCUCACCAUGAAGUGACUGCUAUGGGAGGGACCAAUUCUCAAGAUCAAUGCAUUUCAUCAGAAUCUGUUCGAGAUGGAGGUUAUGAAAAGCAUGUAGAAGGUCAAAUGACACCGAUUUUCUUUAUGGGCCGCCAUCCAGAUUUUGUCACCAAUCCUUCACAAGUUGAUUUUAGUCAGUCAAUUAAUCACAUUUCAUAUCCUUAUGCUGAUCCUUACUAUGGUGGGUUAUUCACCACCUAUGGACCACAAACUACUUUUCAGCCUCAGACGGUAGGAAUGGCACCGGCUAGGGUACCGCUGCCUCUUGAUCUAACUGAAGAUGGUCCUAUUUAUGUCAAUGCAAAACAGUACCACGGAAUCCUCCGAAGGAGACAGACGCGUGCAAAACUUGAGGCUCGAAACAAACUUGUCAAAGCACGAAGACCUUAUCUUCAUGAAUCUCGGCAUCUGCAUGCAGUGAAUAGGGUGAGGGGAUCCGGGGGACGGUUUCUCAGCACGAAGAAGCAUCAAGAACCUGAUCUGCCUCACACCACUGGUUCCCAGUGUAUCCCAGAUUCAGUUCACUCGUUUCAAAAGGGAGAUAUAUCACAGUUUGAAGAUGAAUGUAGCAUCACAGGUGUUACUGACAGUGAUAUCAUUUUCCGGCGACCCGAUCGCAGGUUCUCUGCCAUCUCUCCUCCCCAGGGCGUUGCCGUGCUAGGCAGUGAGGGGCUCAUGUGCAAUGGAACUCGGCAUUGUGAUCCGUUUCCGUUUGUCCGGUGAGAGGUGGGAACAAGCGAACCAUGGCACCGGCUGGGCAAUUCAUCCUUGGCUUUGUUACCUUUUAUUUUGAUGCUGUGUUUGGUGGCAUGUAAUUCGUAUCUUGGAUUCGUAAUUGCAGACUAUCAUCCUAUUUCAUAUUUUGAACUGAAGUGGUCUUCAUUUCUGAUUUCAAAGCAUGAAUUUUGUACCGCCAAACACAUUGUGUUUGAUGGCACCGUGGCAUGUACUACUCCAUGUUCUGGAUUCUUCAUCCUAUUUCGUAUUUUGAAUUAAAGUGUUCUUCAAUUCCGAUUUUAAAGCA